AUGUCUCCCAUGUUCAGCUGCUCCCCGCGGACUCCUAGCAUUGUUCUCACCCCCCGCGAGGUGUCCGUUGAGGGAAGACUGACGUCCCACUGCAUCCCGACCUUUGACUUACUAAUGGUUAACAGGAAUGGGGAAGAGGUAUGCGCAGUUCGUGAAGGGAGCGCUCAUAUAGAACCACACAGACGGGACGCUUUGGUGGAGGAGCGGAACUCAGGAAACUUGUAUUGCGGGGGAGGCGCAGGAGACGAUGAUGAAGCAUUGCGGUCAAAGUUACUGACCGAGACGGCUUAUUCCCAAAGUGCCGUUUUCACCUCUGGUAGUGUGGAAGAGCACCCCGCACAUUUUGAAACGCUCCUCGUUCGCGGGUGCCCAGUGAAUGCUGAUACAAGUCAUAACGACCCUACUCAGGAGAAAUUGCGGUCUCUUUCACCUGUGAAGGGGGUCUACGCAACGUCAGAGACGAUCACGGAAAUUGCGAAUGAUGGGCAUCGGCCUCCACUCUCAUUCAUGCUGACGGGCGGAAGGAACGCCAAGCGGCGUCGUCGAGGGCACCACACCAGCGCAAUCACCCCAGUCCAAGCGAGCUCGCCUAGUGGUUGCCGCUAUAUGUGGGAGGAGGGCUCACAGAGAUUUGGAGGUGCUUUGGAUUUUUCUGGUUCUUCUAUUAUGGCUGUGGGUCAAGGAGGGGUCAACGUGGAGGGAAAUGGCACUGCCGACUGGAAGCGUCGUUGUUUGUUUGCAGAGCAUCAGCUCGCUGUGGCAAUUCGGUGUCUCUGGGAAUACCAUAAUACCAUGUCGGCGCAGCGACAGCACGUGCUGUCACCAGCGGAUGUAGACGACAUACAACCGUUUCCGCCGACGUCUGGUGUGUCGACCUCCGCCGUGCCCAACGUCAACUGGGGACAGCAGGUAAAGGAGGAUUUGGAUGGAGAAGGAGGGAUCACAAAGGGGGAGACAGCUGCUUAUGGAUAUGAGCAGGGUGCCGAUGUGAGAACAAGCGGAACAGAUGAACAGCCUUCGGGUGUGGCGAGCGACGAAUGCAGCGUGCAGCGACCUACCGCCUUACCGUUCUGUUGUGCCCCGGGUGCGGUCGCACCCCAUCCAUGUAGUUGGGCUAUUUCCACUGAAGGCGCUGAAGCAAAGUUGGUUGGGGAGAUGGACGAGUGGCUCGCGAGGGAAAAGGUAGUCAGAUUAAAGCAAGAACUCCUGGCGACAGCACUGCGUCAAGCCCGACUCACCGCGAUGCGCACGAUGCAGCGCAUUGAAGAGAGGGAAUUGGAGUUUAAAGCGGUGAUAUCAAGGUGCAAUGCAGUUAAAACUGCCCUUUUGGAAAGUGAGGCUCAGGUGAAAAGACUAAGGGAGCUCGACCAAAGGAGGGUUGAAGAAAACAAGCGAUUGCAGCAGAGAAUAAGUGAACUUAAAGCGGAGUUAAGGGGAUGUGAGAGCAACAUAGACUCAAACGGCGGUUGCUUCACAGAUGCUGUUGGCCUUGAUGACGGUGACGACCCGUUGAGUAUGAGUGUAUCUCAAACUCAGGACAUUGAAACUCAGUUACUCCAUGUGGUUGCUGCAUUACAGUGUGGUGAGUCUCGGAGAAAGUGGGUUGCGGACCAACUUUCACACGUGCUGAGGCGAGUGAAUAUGGGUGUGUGCAACAAGGGUGUAACAUCAGUGUCUGACCACCCGAAACUAAUGGCACUCGUUGAAUCUUUGGAAGCGCUCAAAUCCUCAGAGAUUGUGAUGCUAUCUGAGGAGUGUGGUACCCCUGUAGUUUUUAGAGGGGGUUCUGAUGCCUCAACAACAACGUUGAAAGGUUGUGAAAGUACUGCCGAACUUUUACAUUGCGCCGGAGAGUGUGUAGCUCAAUUGGAGAAGCGGAUGAGGAACUUAUACACCCACCGCUCGACGCUGCGUGUAGAGAUGAAAGCGACUCCCGUAGCGUAUGAUGUAUGCGAGAGGGAAGAGUGCCAGUUGGCACAGCGGCCGCAUCUGCAGCCAAAGAGUGUAGAGCCGCAGAGGAAUACAUGUGUGACAGGUUGUGCUGCGAAAGAAGAGAUAACUAACAAUGUAGAGGAGAAUGUCUGUCCAUCGCAUCGAAAUGAUACUGAAGCACAACUUUCAGUCGAUUCAGAGUUUUUGGGUGUGAGAAACCGUGUGCCAGUCUUGCAUUCAUUGUAUGACGGCGGUUUGGCGCACCUACAGAAGCAUCUGGAACAACAGCUGGACGAAUUUAGUCAUACGUUGCGUUUGAUGCUUACUGAAGCAAUCAGGUGGUUAUUCCAACAGCAGUCGAUGAACGUGGUGGAAAAUAAGGGAAGUCCCGCCGUAGUUCGGAUACAGCAUAGCCGGAUGCCCAAGGGACCUUUUGAAGAACAAAAGGAAAAUCAACCAAUGCAACAGGUAGGCCACGGCUUCCCAAUUCAACCUUUAAGCGUGUCUGCAGUUAAGAGCGGUGCGAAGAACCGCAUACCCGGCUUGUUCAUACACUCGCAGGGGCAGUCGAAAUGGACACCCAUGCCCAGUCCAAAGCCUGGUGGUGGGGUGGCGUACCCCAGGGAAACACCACGGAGUCUGCCGCCAUCACCACUUAGCGGCAGAAUGACGUUACCACCCUUCGUUUUUGAAGAUUUCGCGGGCCGAAGAUCGACAGAAUCUGAUAGGGACGCAUCUGCCGAUGGGUUUACCGCUGCUAGAUCGCAGCUGGGUAUUGACGUUGUGGCUCCGUUGGGUAGGCAGCAGGUGGUUACAGGCGAGUUGACCCAACGAAGGUCCGUGUCUUCCCCAGGCCGAUGUGACUCACUGUAUAUCCAAUCAUGCAAUGCAACUAAUAGCAAUUCCCCCAGAUUGUUUCCCCUUUCGCAAAACGACCCCAACCUCGCGGGGAGGUGGGCGUCAGUGCGUCUAUGCCGAAGAUAG